AUGGCUACCAACGCCCCAAAGCCAUCGUUUACCAGCGCGGUGAUUGAAGCAAUUAACAAGUUGUACCCAAAGGCAUUGGCCGAUAGUGCAUGGGACAAUACAGGCCUUUUGCUUGACCAAGCACAAGAUGCGCGCUUGACUGCUCAGACUGAGAAUGUCGUCUUGCUGACCAACGAUCUAUCUGCGGCUGUCGUAGAUGAGGCUCUACGUGUCAAGGCCAGUGUUAUAGUGAGCUAUCACCCAGUCAUCUUCAGAGGCUUGAAGUCCUUGACCAAUGCGGUCCCCAUGGAAUCGUCUCUCCUCCGCCUCAUCGCAGCCGGUGUUGCAGUCUACUGUCCCCACACCGCCGUUGAUGCUGCCCAUGGUGGGCUCAAUGACUGGCUCUGCGACAUUGUAGUAAAUGGUCAGUCCAAGGUUGAGUCUACUGUCCUUCAACCCAUCUCUCGACCUUUGCCCGACGGUCACGAGGGUGCAGGCUAUGGUAGAAGCGUCUCUCUUGACAAGCCAUUGCCCUUGCCUGCUCUUCUGAAAAAUCUGUCGGCUGGUCUUGGCGGUCAAAGGUAUAUCUCCAUCGCCUUGCCAACUGGCAGCACCAUUUCGGAGAAUGAAAUCAUCCCCAAGAUUGCCGUGUGCGCAGGAUCAGGGUCAAGCGUCCUCAAAGGCUGCGACGCAAAGCUUCUUGUAACCGGCGAAAUGAGCCACCAUGACGCUCUGUACCACACACAAUCAGGCCAGAUUGUGGUCACAGUAUUUCACAGCAAUUCGGAACGACAGUACCUUACACAGCGUCUCAAGCCCAAGCUAGAGCAACAACUGAAGGAGUCUGGGCAGGCGGAAUACACCGUGCUAGUCAGCGAAAAGGAUCGGGACCCUUUCGAGACCAUUGAUAUCUCUCAGCUGUAA